AUGGCUUAUUUAUCACUAAAGCGGACAAAACCGGCUCUUCAGAGCAAUGAUGACCCAGUCGUGGAAGUCGUGGAGCGAAACAGAUUAGAUGAUUUUGGAUUCAUGGUUUUCCGAACCGAUUAUUCCAAUGCACAGCGUUGGGAGCAGUGGGAUAAGAAAUUUCACCAGAGACUGGAUGCUUCGCUCAAGAGGGCUAGUGGAGGAACGAAAAUCGAAGACAAAUGCCUUAUACCAAACUAUGAAGAUGAGGAUUUACAUAAUGCUGAUUACCACCAAAUUCAAAGAGCAUUCAAAGGAUUUUGGGAUAACGAGGGAGUGCCACCAGGCCUUGACACUGGUAUCUGUCUAGUCGUCGAUAGAGUCGCUAUGGAGUCUAUGGCAAAUAAUAAACCGUGGGUUUAUGCAUUGGACUUGUCAUUUGAUCAUAGAAUCCGAGUCCCAAAUGGGGAAUACUCCGGUUAUUUUCGAGUCGCCGUCGACUCCAUUCUACCGGAACUGUACCCUAUGCUCACGGCAAUGUCGCCGCAACAACUUUGGCCUUCAGAUAACAGAAUAUGGGAGUCGGAAGUUCAUUAA